GGUCUGACGUAAUCAUUAACCACUUCCUGUUCGAAGUCCUGUCCAUUACUACGAGUCAACUGUGUAAAGAGUGCAUUUUAACUAGUUUUAAAAACGCAAACGGGUUAUAUAUGCUCUGCAUAUUUUUAGAUUAAGCAAACCUACUAAUGGACUAGCUAAUGCUAAAGCUAAUAAAAACAAAGUCAUGCAGAACUCAGUCGAGUGUCUCGUAAAUAUGCUGGAGUCCUACAGGGGGAGAGAUAAAGUGAUCAGGACUCUCUGCUAUGGAUCUCAACUAGUUGGUGGAGUUCUAGCGAGCAAGAACACUCAGUCUUCAUUGGGCAAAAGUCUCUUGCUGUUCUCUGCUCAGUUGAGUCAAUGCAGAACCACACUGAGACUCUUUGAUGAUCUGUCCAUGCUGGCAUACUCCACAAGCUAUGGGUUCGGAGCCCCGGAGGAGGACUCUUUGGUUCGGUGGAUAAGUGUAUUGACUAAUGUAGCCGAUCAGCUGUAUUACCCUUGUGAGCAUGUAGCCUGGGCAGCAGAUGCAGAGCUCAUCAAAACCCAAUCUGACAAGUGGUGGGUGCUGAGCACAGUCCUAUGGGGGUCGUCCCUGCUCCUGAACAUCCUCAGAUCCAUUAGACUCAUAUUGAUUAUAAAGAGGAAAGCGCAGAAGUGCCAAAGGUCAGGCUCAGCUGACAGCAGGGAGGAGGUGUUUGCCCAUAAAGCUAAAUUCCGGCAGCAGAUCAGAGGGGAAGUGUUCGGUAUCCUGAGCAGCCUGGCAGACCUGAGUAAUGCCAUUCACUGGAUGCCCCCUGGAUUUCUAUGGGCUGGUCGCUUUCCUCCAUGGAUGGUGGGACUGAUGGGUACAGCCUCCUCUCUGAUCGGUCUUCUGCAGAUGAGCUCUAGUGAGCAAGAGCAUGUUUCUGACUGAUGAAUUGUGGGAUGGUUUUACACAUAUAAAUCAUUGUAUAAGAUAAAUAACUUGUCUUUAAAUGACUGACUGCUGCUUGCUGCGGUGAAUGAACGCCACCUGGGAUAUAAAGAAUAAUAGUAGUUGUUUAAUAUAUGUGCAAAUAGUAUAGAAUUACUGACAACGCUGUAUUAUUUUAAAAUUACUAUUAUUAAAUUGUAAACAUAUGACACAUAACAGAGUAAAAUAUUAUAUGUAAUUGUAUAUAGUUUAAUAAAUGUAUAAAUAAUGCAGAUGCCAAUAUGUAAAUAUGAUUUUACAUUUAAUUUCAAAAUAAAUUAUUUUUACACAA